UUUAUUAUAAUUAUCUUGAGAUAUAUAUAUAUUCAACAGUUUGUCUAUACGUGUUAUGAAUAAAUAUUAAAGAAAAUUAAGAUAAAGUAAAAUGUUUGGCCAAAUGGAUCAAAUGGAUGUGGAAGACAUUUCCGAAGCGAACACGGUCUCUAAUCGCUUUGUAUUUUCAAAACCAAGUAAUAUAUCUCAUCCUUCAAGAAUUGUUAAUUUCGAUGUAGAAUUAGAUUAUGGUCCUGAUACUCAUUCCAAUCAGAAGAAUGUAUUUACCUUUGCUGUACCUACAUUACUGCAGUAUGAUAAAGGUUAUGAUAAAGGUCCACAAGGCAAUAAAUUCAAUAGAUAUAAACCAAGAAUUUCUAGAUCCACAUAUAAACCCACAUUUAAUAUGUUUACUAGUGCUCUUAAGGAUACAGGAGCAUUUGAACAGUUGAAAAAGAAUUCCAGAUCACAUACCAAAAUUAAUAUAAACAAUUCAAUAACAUGUACCAAUGUUCCAAAAACUUUGCUGACUAAAACGGCAGCAAAAGAAUAUUUCAUAAAAUUUGGAAAUAUAGUGAAAAUAACUAUUCGUCCAAAGAAAUGCACAAUCAUAGUAAUCUAUACAACGAAACAGGAGGCAAAUGCUGCAUAUUAUGGCAGUAGCGAUUACAUGGGUGAGAAGUUCCAUGUAGAAUGGACAAAAUUGGAAUCGUCGAAAAUGCCAGCUAAAAGGAAAAUUCCACAUAAAAAUAUAGUGACAAAUCUGCUUAAAGCGCCCGACGACGAGAUUAAAUCAGAAUUAGAAGCCAUGACAAAUUUAGAGUAUAAUUUACAUUCUGACAAGGAGAUUCUUUCUAAAGUAUCUGAUAAUACAGGCACAUUAUUUUCAUUAAAAGUCAGAGCACCUUUAGGGAAAACAGUAUUAUCACAUGAGAAAACAGCAAUCAAACUUGAGAAAAUUGUUGGAAAGGUUGAAAAACUUGAUAAUGAAAGUCAGAUAAUUAAACCUUUACCUAAUACUUCUAUCGAAGAGUUACAAAAUAUCAUACAUCAAGUUGCUCUUACAACUGAAGACAAAUACAAGAUUUUAGAAGCUAGAGAUCGUCUCAUGAGAUUAAAACGAGUCAAACCAGCUUCACUUGCAACAGCUAAAGUAACUAGUGGAACUUGCCCAGAUAUGUGUCCAGAAAAAGAACGUCUUAUGCGCGAAUCGCAGAGACAAAUCGCGUCAUAUGAACAGCUAGAGGGAAAUGAAUACAAAAUAAAUCACAUGACAGCUAUAAAACAAUAUUCAAGAUCUUCCGCGGAUCAAGAGGAACCUAUGCCCCAUGAAUUAAGGCCAGUGAAAUCAUUGAAAAUGACUAUGAGCUAUUUGCUUCACGAGAUAAUGGAUCUCUGUGAGCAAGAAAACACAAAUCUGGCAGAAUGGUAUCAUUUUUUAUGGGAUAGAACAAGAGGGAUUAGAAAGGAUAUUACACAACAAGAACUGUGUUGCAUAGAAAGCGUGGAAUUGAUCGAACAAUGCGCUAGAUUUCACAUAGUCUGUUCAGAGAGACUUUGCGCAGAAGACGCAUCUGUAUUUGACAAGAAAAUCAAUACGGAAAAUUUAACGAAAUGUCUGCAGACCUUGAAAUAUAUGUACGACGAUUUAAGAGUAAAAGGUAUUACUUGUGAAAACGAAUCAGAAUUCAGAGCAUACAUUGUUUUAUUAAAUUUAAACAAUGGUAAUUUUCUAUAUGAUCUGCAACAAUUACCAAAAUCUGUGCAAAAUUCACCAGAAAUUCAGUUUGCAAUCAAUAUAUACUUUGCACUGGAUUCGAAUAAUUACUACAAAUUUUUUAAGCUCGUUCGAGAGACGACUUACUUGAACGCUUGUAUCUUAUUAAGAUAUUUCAAUCAAGUUAGAUUGAAAGCUUUUUCGAUAAUGUUGAAGGCGUAUUGUAGAAGUACUUCGACAGCUUUUCCGUUGUACGAAUUAAUAGAUAUCCUUGGCUUCGAAAAUGAGAAUGAAGUUAAAUAUUUCUGCGAACGAAUAGGCCUGAACUUAUCGAAUGAUGAGUUGCACAUUCUCUUAAAUCGUCAGAACUUUAGCAUGCCCGCAGCGAGUAUACAACAGGGUAGAGCUUAUAAUCUAAUAGAAUCUAAGAGACUCUAUUUAAAUUUCAGUAUUGGACAAUGUAUUGCUGGUGGUAAAAUGCCAGAAAAGACUUACAAGAACCAUAAACCGCAUGAUAGCUUUGACGCACACGGAUAUUUGAUGCCUGAAUCUAUCAACGCCACGGAUCAAAAUAUUGAUACCUCUUCUAUAGAACACGAAUAUGAACAUUCAUAUGAAUUCACAGAGAGAAAAACGAAAAAGAUGCCAUUAAUCCGAGACAAAAAUCCGAAAGCCAUAAAGGACGUUCAUCCUAUGCAAAUUAAAAAACCGUCAGCUAGUAUGAAUAAUGUAUCAAGUACAUCUAACUUUAUAUCGGCUUCCGAAUCAAUCACAUCGAAUGUUUUCCAAAUGACAUCAAACACAACCAGUGAAAUUAAACCAAAAAUAUCAAAUAUAUUUGAGUAUAAACCUCAAUCUUCAUGUGAAUCAACUGCACAAAUGAAAAUAGCUUUUGAUAAACAAUUUAAUAAUGAAAAUGUGGUAACCGGCAUAAUGCAUCAAGAAAACACUAAGACUGAAAAUAAACAGUCUGAAAUUUUUGUUAGCAAUAUUUUUAGUAAUAAUAAUAUGUUUACAAACAAUUCUACUACAUUUUCAAAGCAAUUGGAAAUAUCGCGUAAUGUAGAACCUGCUGUGUCUUUUGCAACAGCUAUAAAUAAAAAAAUCGCUUCAGAGGGAAUAAGAUCAGAAAAUAUUUUUACUGAAAAUAUUACGUCUUCAGUUUUCACUAAUAAUUAUUUUCUUACACCAAUUUCAACAAAUGCAAGUGAUGGGAAUAAGAUAAUAGAGGUACAAACUUUUAAGGAAGAACAGAAGAUCCAAGAUGUACAAAUGUUGAAGGGUGAGAAAGAAAAACUGGAAAAGUUGGAGUAUACGAGAAAAAUGCAACAAAUCAAAGAGCAAUCGGAAGAAAUUUACAACAGCUUAUAUGAGGAAAUCGCACAUGAAUUUUGCUCUACCAUUGCAAAGGAGAACAUUGAAAGGAUAAAAAUGUAUGAUACAUUAAGCGAGAAAAUUCUCUUUGAUAUGACCGGCGAAGUUAUUUAUGAAAUGUGUGAUGCAAUAUUAACUGCAGAAAUUAAAAAUCAGCAGAAGUUACAAGCCAUGUUAUCAAGAAUUAAAAAUCGAGUAAUUGUCAAAUGUUUCAAUGCUUGGAAACAGUAUGUAUUGAAAAAAAAACGACAGAGAGAAGCAUUAGAAAGCACACCAGUCUGGUUGCAGAAGCAAUCUGUGGAGGAAAAUGCAAAAAUGUUAUAUUCCAAAGAACAGGAAGUAGUGAUACAAAAUAUGCACGAAAAACAACGUCAAUUGGAAGACACAAUCAGUACGGAAACUCUUGCGCCAAUCGAAGUUAUCGUGUAUGCUGGUAUUAAAGAGAAUUUACGAUUAUUGGAUAUUAGUCCUUUGACUAAUAUAUUUUGGAAAUUGGUGAUCUCCUGGCCGGACUUGAGCAAUAGAACGGUCUUAUGGCAUUAUAAAAAAGUGAUAAAUGAGUACUUGUAUCCUGAAGAUUUUACAAUGGAUCCUAUUCUAAAAGUUUAUCGACCAAAUCCCUAUGAAACUUUACAUGUAUGCAUAAGACACCUCGAAGGUUUUAUUAGUGAGCAUAACUUAAUCGGUACUGAUGCGCUUCUAUUUAUUGCUGAUGCUUCGGAAAAUUAUGAAUUUGUUGCUAAACGUUUAACAAAAACGGUAUUAUCAAGACACAAGCUGAUGCCUAUGCCGCUCGCUUUUAUAAUCUUGGGUGAUGGAAAUUUGAAAAUUCAGAAUGAGGAUAUUGUCUCUGUCUUGGAAUCUUUCUUGGAAUCUGGUUAUAUACUGGAAUAUACGAUUAUGUACAAGAAAGAGCUAUCUACAAAAGUUAUUUUAAAUUUGAUACAAAGUAUAAUUUUAUGGUUGACAAUGAACAAAUCGCCACCAAAUCCAUUGGACAUGGAUUAUUUGUCUAAUAUGUACAACAAUUAUUUGUCAGAAGAGUUAUGGUUAAGGAUAUUGGGUGAUGCUAUGUUUAAUAAACAAUUGUCAAAUGCAUUAACAAAUCCCAAUUUUAUAAUUGAUUUGCACAAUGAAGCUGUAAAUCAUUUGAUAGACAUAGUUUUAGACCCAGAAUCUAUGUUAUAUACAAAUUUUGCACCCGAGUUAAAAAAGUUCCUUAAAAAUAAUAAUAUAAUGCCAUGCAGUUAUGAAUAUUUCGACGAAUCUUGGAAACAAGAUGAAUAUAGGGCAGAACUAGAGACUACAAUGAAUAGUUUUAUAUUACCAUCAUGGAAUGCACCAUGGCCAAUAACAGAUAUACAAGACUUACGACGAUAUAUUACAAAGUAUUGUAGACAAGUACUAUCUGAUUCAAAUUGUAACAUUAUAUUUUUUGAUAUAUUAAGUAAUUCAUAUCUCACUUCGGGAAGUUUGCAGCUAUCUAAUUUUGUACACGUACUACUAUAUAUGAUUAAAGAAAAAGUACGUCUUUUAAAAGAAGAUCAAAUAGUCAUUUAUAAUAGAAAUCACAUUAAACAUUUCCAAACGUUACCAUGGUGGUUUAAAUCUAAUGUACUAACAAAAUUUCUGUCACAUGAAUUAGAUAUUGAUGAUAAUAGCAUAUCAAGUGAACCGAUGGUAAAAAGGAAGAAACUCAAUAAAUCGGCAAACGAUUUACAUGAUAAUGUACUAGAUGAGAAAUUUGGUUCAUUAGCAGAAUUUUGUGAAAGUACCAAAGCUCAAGUCAUAGAAAUACACUCUGUGUCUAAAGAGAUAGAAAAUCGCUUGCAAAUACAACAACUAGAGAAUACAUUAUUGGAAGAAAGACUGAAGAAUGCCUUAUUUGAUGAAGAGAACUUGGAAAAGAAACAUAUGUGAUUUUUUUUCUCCCAUUCAAUUAUAUGUGACAUAAUUUAUAAUGUAUUUU